AAGAGCUUGUUGCGGCGCAUUUUAGAGGAUUUUUAAUUAUAAAUUUAUAAUUACAUCAAGAAAUUUACCGUCUAUCCCAUCUCAGUUAAGGUAAGGGGGUAAGUUGGCCCUACGGAAGUACUGAAAAGUGAUUAUUUAUAUUAUGUUCAUAUAUUUCCUCCUAUAUCACAGCCAUGUUGAAGUAGUGUUGAUUUUACUAAGUUUUCAUCAGUUUAUCGUCUCAAAAAGUUAAACGUUGAUCACAAGUAUAUGUGAAAGACCCAAGUUAAGUUUGUGUUGUGAAAGUAAAAAGUUAAAAGUCUAUCAAUAUGAAAAGUGUUAUAAAGUGCCACCGAAUCUGGCGUCGAGGCGUCAUCUUUAAGGUAAGGCUGGAUGUGUCUUCAAUAUACAUCAGAACGUAGCAUUAUAACGGUUGUGACAUCAGCCAACAAAAAAUCACGUACAUAGCAGUUAUACAAUAUUGAACAUUCGUAAUUUCAUAUUAUACAUUAGGUUGCUUUGUACACAAGUGCAAACAACACCUUUGUGCCAAGAAUCGACAUUAAAUUUACCGAAUAUUUCGUACCAUUAAAUUAAAGCUGAGCUUGUUCUUAUCUACAGUCUAUAAGCAAAACAUUUUCUUUUCAUACAUAAACUGUUUUGUUUCCAUACAUCACUUGCUUGCACAUGAAAUAAGAAAGUGUGUACUAACUGUUAAAUAUUUUGGUCUGAAAUGCUAAUUUAACUAGUAACUAUGAUCUCAAGGAAUGCUUUUGGGUUGGGUACCUUGAGCCACAUUUACAAUCUUCAUAUAAAAUCACACUCUGUUCUCAGGGAUGGAUUCAGAAGAUUCCCGUGAUGGUCAGGGAGAUGCACAGUCGUCCUCAAGUAGUAGCAGCUCAAGCUCCAGAAGUCGACGGAGCUCAUCAUCAAGUGUAUCAUCUAAAAAGGAUGCUAAAUCACCUCCACAUUCACCUCCUCGGUCACCACCACGAUCGCCACCGCGUUCCCCACCUCAAUCACCCCCCAGAUCACCUCCAUCGCCAAAUUCAGAUGGCCCUAGGUCUCCUUCACCUGACAACCACUCACGGUCUCCUUCACUGCGGUCUCAAUCUCCUAGUAAACCUCGCUCUCCCAGUAACUUGAGUGGAGCUCAUUCAGAUAUAAAUUCACCUGAAAAUUCCAUGCCAACAUCUCCUGCUGGCCCAAAGUCCCCAGAUGCUCCUAAGUCACCCAGUGAGCCUGGUUCUCCUGAUAAUCGUGAGCAGUACUCAGGGCGUCAUUCAGGUGGUGAGGGUCCAAAAACUCCUCAAAGUCCAAGUAGUUCAGUGCGGUCUGGUCCUGGAUCUCCUGACACUAGGUCUCGGCCUGCUUCACCAGACUCUGCGUCUCAGGCAACAUCCCCUUCAAGAAAUCCUGAUCGAAGUUCCCGCCCCUCAAGCCCCUCUCCUGAUAGGAAUUCGUCAAGGUCUUCAGUAGUAAUGUCACCAAAAAAACGUGAAUGGAGCCCUAAAGAAAAUUGGAGGAGGCAUACUAAAGCCGAGCAGAAAAUGGUACCUCGGUCACGAGAAAGAAGCAGAUCAGAAUCUAGUCAGUCGAGUAGGAGCUCUUCAUAUAAUAAGAGAACUAGUGCUAAGGAUCCUGCCACUGAAGAGAUUUCUGAAGGUGAAAUGGAAUCAGACCAGGAGGAAGAUAAGAAAUCUAGGAGUAAAUCACAAAGUAGCGAUAAACCUGAUGGAAAAGACUUGAAUAUCAGCCAUGAAGACCUGUCAGAUGUAUCAGAUCUUGACUCUAUAGGACCAGAUGACAGUGCUAAAGGAUCAAAGCCUAAAUCUGCACCUGCGUCUCCAGAAAAACCGGAAGUCAAUGGAAAUAAUGGGAUCAGCUCACAAUCAUCACCUAAAUCUCCUAAAUCAGACAGCGGGAAAGUAGAUACACCAAAAUUGGACAAAGUUCCCCUAGAAAAGACCAGUAACACAGAGGAUGGGGAGGAGCAACUAGACUUUGAAGCCGAGGAAGGUGAAUGUGUGGAGCCUAAAACUGCCGAACAGGCUAAUGGAGAUGGAGAGAUUGUUGACAAAGCAGAAGAAGUGAAGCCGCGCCGUGUAUCUCGAGGCUCAUCGCUGGAAGAAGGCGAAGUGUCGGAUGAGGCCGAACGUAGACCUGAAGAGAGUGAACCAAGACCUGUGUGCCGGUUCUUCUCGCGCGGUGCUUGCACGUGGGGCGUCAGCUGCAGGUUUCUACACCCAGGGGUGACGGACAAGGGCAACUACAACAUGUUCGACGUGGUGCGAGGAGUCCCCGCAACGGGCUACACUGCGCCGCCGCGCGAUGCCGCCCCGCCCGAGUCCGCCUGGGAACGUGGCCUGAGAACCGCCAAGGAGAUGCUAAGGAUAGCGAACAAACGCAAGGAGCAAGACAUGGAUUUCGAGGAAAAGAAGCUGCAUCUCUCCGUAGGAGGUGUUGUUCACGACCCUGAUGCAGAGUUGGCUUACGCGGCAGCCGCCGUUGGUGCCUCACCGCCUAGGCAUGAACCUAUGCGCGAUCCUGAUGUAUUUAGACCAGGACAUGACGUGCACGGUCCCUACGGGCCGAUGUACCGUGGACGCUUCCCGCGGCCAGUACUGGAUGAGCGUGAGCGAUUCUUCGAGCGGGAGCGAGUUUAUGAGCGUGAGCGGGUGUACGACCGAGGGCACUACGAUGAGCGCUCCGUUAUGGCCGAGGAACCGGCCUACCAUAAGCGUCGUGUGCGAUCUUCCCGCGAAGUGAUCGUCCAACGCGCCGAAGUGGAACGUCGCGAGGCGCGCGAGGGGCGGCGGGACGUGCGGGACGGGCGGGCGCGGGACGUGCGGGACGCGCGGGACGCGCGGGACAUGCGGGACAUGCGGGACGGGCGGGACGUGCGGGACGGGCGCGGCGACGACUGGGCCGACCCCUGGAUGCGCGCCGAGCCCGCCGCGCGCCGCCGCCGUCCGCCCUCCUCUGACGAAUCCUACUCCUCCUCAAGCUCUUCAAAUUCCAGCUCUCGCAGCUCGCGGUCGCCGGGCGCGCGCCGUAAGCGGAGGGCCUCCUCGUCCUCCAGGCAACGACUGUCGCCGUCGGUGAUCGUGCGCGAGCGGCGCAUGGCGAGCGCGCGCGCCACCGCCAUGAACCCGCCCGCGCCGCGCCGCCGCGCGCCCUCGCCCGCCGCCGCGCGCCAGCUCGCCGCCAACCCGCCCGCGCCGCCCAAACACAAGGAUGAAGUUGAUCCAUAUGGCCGCACCAAAGCAUCUAGUCGAAACAGAGACCGAAAACGGUACUCCAGAUCAUCAUCAUCUGGUUCAGAAUCAUCAUCGUCGUCCAGCGAGUCGGAGAGCGAGUCUCAUUCAUCAUCGUCAUCUGGAAGCUCCGGGGCGCGGCGCGCGCGGCAGGCGCGACUCCUCAACGCCGCCGCGAGGCCUAGGUUAAACGCUAAGUCCAGUGCCGGUUUAGCAGCUGCAGUCUCAACAACUGUAGCAAGUAAAAAGGAAUCCACUAGUGAUAAAGAAUCCGGUGGCAAGAAGCGGCCAGCUGGCUCACCGCCGAACUCGGGACCAGCAAAGAAACCAGUCUCUAGGAGGGAAGAGCUCCUCAAGCAACUUAAGGCCGUCGAGGACGCCAUAGCCAGGAAGAGAUCCAAGAUCUAAGACAGAGAUGUCACACGAUGAUUUCCGCCCGGUCAGCUAGCAAGCACGGCUAGCAGUACAAAACACGACCCACGUUCAACUGUCAUGUCUCCAUCCAACCAACGCAAAGUUGAAAUCGGAAGAAACGAACGAAUCAUGUCGUGUUAGAAUAAUUUAUUAAGCAUUUAAGAAUUUGUGAUGUUCAUUGACUUAACCAAAAUGAUAUAUCAAUUAUAGGUCUUAUAGUGUUGUAGUAAACAGAUUAUUUUAAUAUGUAUACGAAACGGUAUAAGGUCUCAAAUCUGACAUGUAAAACAUUAUCAAUAUUGAAAAGUGGACAUUGUAUUUUGGUGUUGUUUGUUCGUCACAAUGUGAAAAUUGAGAGGAACCUAGUUUAGUAGGUUUAACGCUGAUUACGUAAGGACAUUACGAGCUGAAGAAUAAAUUCAUUAUUUUAUA